AUGGCUAGAAGACAAAGAUCUAAACCAGGUUCAAAUUCCCAAAGUGGUGUUAAAGGUCCUAACUCUGCCUUAACUGAGUUUUUACGUAAUGAAGGUAUUACUGACGCGUUUAGACAACGUAGACAACGCGAACAAGAGAUAGUUACUAAUAAUGAUAACGAUAACGAGAACGAUAAUGAUAUUAAUGAACAAGAGCAAUUUACACCAAGCGUGGAAGUAACACCGGAAGCAACACUGCGAGGUUCACGUCGAUCAGCAAGUAUUUCAGUACAAGAGGACGAGGAUGAUGAUGAAAUCAGAGAAAUGAGACGUGCUGCUAAAAGAAAAUUGCGAGCAUCAAGACGCGGUUCAACCCGUCAGAAUCGACACCGUCAUGAUCCCAAUAAUAGUAGUGAUGACGACAGCAGUAGUAGUGAUAAUGAUGGUGAUCCUAAUUUCAGUGAGGAUGAAGAUGAUUUGGGUAAUGCAAAUAUGAGAAAAUUUGGUGAACAAGAUGAUUGUGUUGAUUGUGGUCAAACAUUUGAAUUGACUGUUAGUUCUCGUUUUAUUAAAGAAAAGAAUGGGUAUCUAUGUAAUUCAUGUAAUCAAUUAUUGAAGGCAAGAGAACGGAAAGCUAAAAUGAACCAAAUGAAUGCUCGUAAAAAGAGGAAAAGAGUGGCUCAGGCAUUAUUAAAUAAAACUGAUGUUCGAAUUCCUAAAUUACAAGAUGUUUGUAUUAAAAAAAUCACUGAGAAUAUUGAAGAUGUUGAUGUAUUGGGUGAUAUUGGACAAAUGAAUAUGAAUAGAAUUUCCAUGAUUCUAUCUAAGAAUCGUUCACUAAAUGAUAAAACCAUUUCAUUAUUUUUGUCUCCAGAUUUGAAAAGUUUACAAUUUUGGGAUUGUUCCAAUGUCGCGUCUGAUUCUUUAAAUAAGAUAGCUUCAUAUUGUCCUCAAUUGGAAUCGUUGACAUUAUUUAUGUGUGGACAAUUUCAUAAUGACAAUUUACAAUAUUUUGCAUCCCAAUUAACUAAAUUGACAGAAUUAUCAUUGAAUGGGCCAUUUUUAAUUAGUGAUGUAAUGUGGCAAGAUUAUUUCGAAGAAGCUGGUAGUCGAUUAACUAAAUUUGAGGUUCGUAAUACUCAUCGAUUUGGAAAUGAUUCAUUAAUUAGUUUAUUAACCAAUGCUGGAAGAAACUUGACGUCAUUGAAAUUGUCUCGAUUAGAUGGUUUGAAUGCUGCUGAUGUAUAUGGAAUGAUUCCUCAUUUUUUACUGCCAUCGAAAUUGACUCAUUUAGAGAUCUCAUACCCAGAAAGUGAAGAAUUGAUCAAUGAUGACUUGAUUAUUAGUAUCCUUUCUAUUACUGGUGACACUUUAGUGUCAUUGAAUCUUGAUGGUUGUUCUGAUUUAACCGAGAAAUUUUUAAUUGAUGGUAUUGCCCAAUUUUGUCCAAAUUUGACUCAUUUAUCUAUUCAAAAUUUAGAUCAAAUUAGUGAUGAAGGAUUUGCUCAAGCUUUUAAAGAGUAUCUGAAAGUCAAUGUUGGAGGAUUAUUAGAAGUUUAUCUUACAAAAUGUAUUGGAUUAGGUGAUAAAGCCAUUUAUGAGUUAUUGAAACAUUCGGGUCAUACAUUAGUUGAAUUGAGUAUUAAUUCAUUGGAUUUAUUAACGAAAGAUUUUCUAAGUCAAGUUUUCACGGAAGAUCUGCAUCAAUUUAAAAAGAGAUUACUUCAACAAAUGGAAGAGAGUCAAGAAAAAGAUGUUGAAUAUUAUAAUCAUAUUAAACUCCCAUUGUUGACAUAUUUGGAUCUGGGGUUUGUACGAGCUAUUGAUAAUGAACUUUUAUUUUUGAUUGGUGAAAGCUGUCCACAAUUAAAGAUUAUUGAAGUAUAUGGUGAUAAUAGAUGUACUUCAAAGGCAAGAAUUAGACCUGGUUUAAUGGUAAUUGGUCGUCAAAGUGAUGAGAUUUAA